AAGAAGCAAAUAGAAAAAUACCGUGUGUGCGCGUAACAAAAUUUCUCUAAAGGAAAAUUUUUGUAAUUUCACCAUAUAUUUAUAUUAUUGUUUGAAUUAUAUUCGAUUGUAAAACCGCAUUAAUCAGUGAAAAAUGUCCUUAACAAGAGCUUCACGUUUGUUACAAAAUCAAUUGAAACGCGUUCAAAGUGUGCCAGCCGCUUUCUAUCAUGAAAAUGUGGUUGAACACUAUGAAAAUCCACGUAAUGUCGGCUCUUUAGAUAAAAAAGAUACAAGCGUUGGUACCGGAUUGGUGGGUGCACCCGCCUGUGGCGAUGUCAUGAAGCUACAAAUUAAAGUCGAUGCAAAUGGCAAAAUUAUCGAUGCUAAAUUUAAAACUUUCGGUUGUGGUUCUGCUAUAGCCAGCAGUUCAUUGGCCACCGAAUGGGUUAAGGGUAAAACCAUCGAUGAGGCUGGUAAAUUGAAGAAUACUGAUAUUGCCAAGGAAUUGCGUUUGCCUCCCGUCAAAUUGCACUGCUCCAUGUUGGCUGAGGAUGCCAUCAAGGCUGCAUUGGCUGAUUACAAAGUUAAGCAGCAAAAGAAAGAAAACUAAAGGAAACCAACCAACUGCUGGUAUAAGUUAAAACAGUUGUUUCUAACAAAAUUAUGUAGUUUUUUAGUCAAAUAAUAUAUAUGUAGUUUAUCUAACACUUAAUAAUCAUUUUUAUUAUUUUUUGUUUUGUUUGUUCUCUAAAGCAGCUUUGGAAGAAAGUUUUGAGCUGAUACUAUUUAAGUUGAAUAUACAUACUUUAAGAUAUUCUGAGUAAAGCCUAAGUCUGAUAUGUAGAAUGUAAAAGAAAAUGAAUGGUAAAGAACGAUGUCGUCAUGAAAUAUUGAUUUUUAAAAAAAUCUCUACAAUUAAACAUGGACAAAUAAAUAAAAAAAAUUCAAAAUAAAUUAUAUAAUGCUUUAUUGUUAAUAAAAAAUGCUUAUACAUAUGUAUAA